GCUUGUAUCUUUUCCCAUCCUCUUUCUCCCAAUCAAAAUCCCAGCCAUCCAUCCCUUCAUUCAUCAUCUCCCACAUCUGUCCACAUUUCAAUCAUCAACACAAACAUCACCAAUCCGCGAUUAUCAAAAAUCAUAAUCAUAAAUCCAAUGGAGAACACCCAGCAAGGUCAAUCCUCCGCAUACCCGCAGCCCCCACAACCUCCUCCUACUGCUGCCGCCGCGGCACCUUUUCACCACCUCCUUCAACAGCAACAACAGCAGCUCCAAAUGUUUUGGUCUUACCAGCGUCAAGAAAUCGAACAAGUCAACGAUUUUAAGAACCACCAGCUUCCUCUCGCUCGCAUCAAGAAAAUUAUGAAAGCCGAUGAGGACGUUCGCAUGAUCUCCGCGGAAGCCCCUAUUUUGUUUGCUAAGGCAUGCGAGCUUUUCAUUUUGGAGCUCACUAUUCGCUCCUGGCUUCACGCUGAAGAAAACAAGCGAAGGACUUUACAGAAAAACGACAUCGCUGCCGCCAUUACUAGGACCGAUAUUUUUGAUUUCUUGGUAGAUAUCGUGCCUAGAGAUGAGAUUAAGGAUGAAGCUGCCGGAUUGGGAGGGAUUGUGGGGGCCACCGCCAGUGGCGUCCCAUAUUAUUAUCCACCCAUGGGCCAACCCACCGGUGCUGCUGGGCCUGGAGGAAUGAUGAUUGGUCGGCCUGCUGUUGAUCCUACUGGUGUUUAUGUUCAGCCACCCAGUCAGGCCUGGCAGUCUGUGUGGCAGACGGCGGCUACUGGGGACGAUGGUUCUUAUGGUAGUGGAGGGAGCGCUGGUCAAACUAAUCUUGAUGGCCAGAGCUAGGCUAAGCGACUCAUGUGCUGAUGAUACGGUACUCUGGUGUGGUAGAAGGCACUGAAGCUGAGCCGAUGCCUCUGGAAUUUUGGUUACAAAGUGAUUAUAAAGGCACUUGCCUGUAUUGUUUAUGGAGACUGCAUUCGCAAAUGAGAUGACUUCAUUAGAAAGAUGUGAAAACUUUUAACUUGAUUUAGUGCAGCGGAACUAUUGCUGUUAUGACUUACCUAAACUAAAUAUUUAUCCAGUGUGCAGUUGGGCAUUUGUGAACCAUUCGUUUUCCUUAAUUAUUCCAGUUUGUUUGUAGUCAACUCAAUUCUCCUUGUGCUCUCUCGUGGUCGUUGUGGGCCUUUCACUGUUUCUCAAUAUAAAUAAAAAGUUGUUCCUAUUCAAA